CUCGCCACUGGUUAGAAUUUCACUAUCGACGAAAAGCGGCUCAUGUUCCAUCCUUCUUGUGCUUUCAUAAGAGUUUUCAUUUGUGUGACAACGGACGGAGAGAGAAGUGGUUUUUUCAACCGCAGUUUGCUAAAAGAGGGAGAUUUUUGUGGUGAAGAACUUCUAACUUGGGCACUGGAUCCCAAAUGCGGUCAGUUCAGACGACUUCACAGCAGACAGGUUCAACACACCUUCCGGUUCUAUUCACAGCAGUGGAGGACUUGGGCCGCAUGCUUUAUCCAAGCAGCCUGGAGGCGGCACUGCAAAAGGAAACUUCUGGAGCUUCAUAGGAAGGAUGAAGCAGCCGAAGAGUUAGCUAGGGCCAGCACAAAAGCCGGAGGAGGCUCAUAUAGCAUUGGUGUGACGUUCUUGGCAACAAGAUUUGCAGCAAAUGCUUUCAGGGGACUACACAGAAAUCGGAAUCUUAGGAGUGCUCGGGAAUUGGUGAAACUCCAAAAGCCACCGGAGCCCGACUUUACUGCCGAUGCAGAUUGAUUUGUCUUCGAACUUGUAAGUUGAUUAAAUGACUCUUCUACGCGAGAAUGUUAUGGUCAUUAAGUUUUUUAAUUAUA